AUGCGACUCCAGGCCGCACUUUUUCUGGCCGCAUGGGCGGCCCCUGCGGCGGCCAUCUAUCCUGACGAGAUCAAUCACAUCGACUUCCACCAUGCUCUCGUCGGCACGCCCUCCCCCGACUCGACCUUCUUCCUGAAACCACCCUCCGCCUCCAAUGCCUCGCUACUCUACACGAUAUCCGAUAGACUGACCAUCGGCGCUGUCAACCCCCGUGAUGGGUCGCUGCUCUGGCGGCAGAAUCUCUCACGCUCGGCUGGAUCUGCAGCGGGUUUCCUACGCGGCGAAGAUGGAAACAAUGCGGUGGUCGGUGCUGCGGGCGGAUACGUGUCAUCGUGGAGUGCAAAUGACGGCAAGUUGAUUUGGGAGAACCAGUUUACGGAUGGGGUUGUCGCGGACUUGGAGCUGCUGGCGCUUCAGGAUGCCAGUGCCAAGUCCGACUCGAAAGACUCGAUUGCGCUGUUGGCAGCCGAGGGCACCGGUAUUGUCAGACGGAUGGGUGCAGAAUCAGGAAAUGUCAAGUGGGAGUACAAAGAUGACAGUGGCGACGUCCCUUUCCAAGUGUCGUCUUCUUCUACCGAAGUUUUCUACAUCUCGCUCCAGUCGGCCCUGUUGAAGGGUUACAAGAUCAAGGUGACGGCUUUGGAUCCGGUGACAGGCCGACAGACUCGCCAGCUGACCCUGAACUCGGAGAACGACGUGGCCACUUCGGAGUCUGUUCUUUUCGUGGGCGCCAAUACCGCCUCCCCCUUGAUCGUUUGGGCAGACAAGUCCCAGAAGACGGUGAAGGUUAAUGUCAUUGGCACCAAGCAGGUCAACUCGGUCACCGUUGACAAUACCUCUGGCGAAGAGAUCAAGAGGAUUACCGUCCAUGCUCCGCAUAAGCUUAACUCCCUUCCGCAUUUCUUGAUCCACUACGCGACUGCUACUGGCGCAUGGGCGGAGGUGUACCAUGUGGAUUUGAAAUCGUCCAAUGUGAACAAGGCCUACCAACUUCCUUAUCUACUGGGCCAGUCUACAGUUGCGACAAGCAGUAUCGAUGCCAAUGUGUACUUCACCCGGAUCACCGAUUCUGAAGUAGUGGUUGUUUCCUCUGCUUCACAUGGCAUUUUGAACCGUUGGGUUCUGCAGUCGUCUUCAUCUGAUCUUGCAUUGAAUGCGGUAGCAGAGGUUGUUUCCAGAGGAAGCUCUGUGGCUGUUCGAUCGGCUACGCUCCUGGAAUCUGGCGACUGGCAACUCAUACGCAACGGACAGGCGGAAUGGACUCGGCACGAAGCGCUCAUCGGGACCAUGGCAGCCGCCUUCGCGGAAGCAGACGUUCAGGAGGACCUGGUGCAUGAGUUGGAAGUUGAGGGCCACGAAAGCUUGCAUGGUGCCUACAUCCACAGAGUGAAGCGCCAUCUGCGAGACCUCCAACAUCUGCCCGACUGGCUGAAAGAGCUGCCAAAGCGGAUCUUCAGCAGCCUGCUGACAGAUGAAGUAACCAAUCUGGACAGUUUUGGAGUCUCUAAGUCUGUCAUCCUGGCUACGGAGAAUGGCCGUGUUUAUGCUCUGAAUACUGGAAAACAGGGCAAGGUCUCGUGGAGCGUCAAGGUGGCCGAGGCCGCAGCGUGGAAUGUGAAAGCCAUCGUGACUCGACCAGGUGUUGCGACUAUCUACCCCGACGACGGAAGUUCCGUGUCCGUGAAUAUCUCGACGGGAGAUAUCAUUACGCGUACCCCUCCCACCAAUGUCAAGAUCCACUCAAUUGCUGUGGUGGAUAUCGAAUCGUCGCCCUUGCCGGUGACCCUGGGUAUCCGUGAAGAUGGCACACCAGCUGCCUCAUUUGAGGAUAAAGAUGGGUUCCUGGUGACUACCAGCGCUGAUGGCCGUGUUUUGGGUUGGCUUGCUCAAGAUAACAAGUCUCCCGUGUGGGAGUUUGUUCCCCCCGUGGGCCAGAAGGUAAUCCGGGCAACAGCUCGCCCAGCACAGGACCCAGUUGCCUCAAUUGGCAAGGUCCUUGGGGAUCGAUCCGUACUGUACAAAUAUCUCAACCCCAACUUGGCGCUGAUAACCUCCAUCAGCGAGAAAGACCAUACUGCCAGCUUCUACCUGCUGGAUGGGGUCUCCGGCAAAGUUCUUCACGCGACUACGCAAAAGGGUGUCGACACGGCACAGCCGAUUGCUUCCGCCAUGUCCGAGAACUGGUUCGCCUACUCGUUCUGGGGCGACAUCUCCAGCGAAAGGUCUUCUAAGGGUUAUCAGCUCAUCAUUUCUGAGCUCUACGAAUCUCCUUUCGCCAAUGACCGCGGUGCCUUGGACUCAGCUGGCAACUAUUCCAGCCUUCACAGCAGCAGCGUGGACGGCCUCCCGCUUCCGCACGUUGAAUCCCAGGCCUUCAUCAUCCCCGAGCCCAUCUCUCACAUGGCUGUGACCCAAACCCGGCAGGGCAUCACCACCCGCCUGCUGCUUUGUACUCUCCCAUCCUCAAAUUCCGUCAUUGGUAUCCCGCGCCCUGUCCUGGACCCGCGUCGUCCCGUCGACCGCGACCCUACCACCGCCGAGGCCGAAGAAGGUCUAUUCCGCUACGCACCCUUCCUCAACUUUGAAGGCAAAUGGUUUCUCUCUCACAGCCGUGACGUCUCAGGUAUUACGACUGUGCUAUCUAGCCCCACCCUACUGGAAAGCACGAGCCUUGUCUUUGCCUUUGGCGGCGAUAUCUUUGGCACUCGUGCUACGCCUAGCCAGGCUUUUGAUAUUCUUGGAAAGAGCUUCUCAAAGGUGCAGCUGCUUCUCACGGUCAUGGCACUGGGGGUGGGUGUCGCGAUUGUGGCUCCUAUUACUCGGAAGAAACAAAUCAACAUGCUUUGGAAGGCCUAG